GGAAAAGGAGAAAGGGGCACCGGAGCAGUCUGAACCUCGCCUUGGGUGGAAGAGGGUUGCAUUUGGAGGCUCAAAGGGCGGGGAGGGGGCGCCGCGGAGAGGAGGCUGUUUAAAUAUAGAUACACAGAUAGCUCCUCCAUCCCGUUUUGGGGGCAACGGCUUCAUCUUCUUGUUCUUGUUCUUCUUUUUUUUUUUUCUUCUUCAAAUUUUUGUUUUGAUGGAUAGACUCGGAAAUACCUCCAGCUGUUCUCCGGGGUGCGCCACGUUCCUUUGCAGAUCGCCUUGAUACUGUUCUCUCAUUAUUAUUAUUAUCAUUAUUAUUAUUUAUUAUUAUUAUAUCGCUUUUUUAUUUUUAGUGUUUCAAGACUUUUUUAUUUCCAGAUGUUAGUCCACACUUAUUCCGCCAUGGACCGGCACGAUGGCGUCCCCAGCCACAGCUCCCGGCUGUCCCAGCUGGGCUCGGUCUCCCAGGGGCCGUACUCGAGCGCCCCUCCGCUGUCUCACACCCCGUCCUCGGACUUCCAGCCGCCCUACUUCCCGCCCCCGUACCAGCCGCUUCCUUACCAUCAAAGCCAGGACCCGUACUCCCAUGUCAAUGACCCCUACUCCCUGAACCCGCUGCACCAGCCCCAGCAGCACCCGUGGGGGCAAAGGCAGCGGCAGGAGGUGGGCUCGGAGGCCGGCUCGCUGCUGCCCCAGCCCCGCGCGUCCCUGCCCCAGCUCUCGGGCCUGGACCCCCGGCGGGACUACCACUCGGUCCGGCGGCCGGACGUGCUGCUCCACUCGGCUCACCACGGCCUGGACUCCGGCAUGGGCGACGCCCUGUCCCUGCACGGCAUCGGCCACCCCGGGAUGGAGGACGUGCAGUCCGUAGAAGAUGGCAAUAACAGCGGCAUGAACUUGCUGGACCAGUCUGUCAUCAAAAAAGCCCGAUCCUAUGUAUGUUUACUCGGAAGUAAGUCCCAGUGUGUUCAACGGCGCUUACUCCCAGUUCCAGUUCCUCCAAAAUCUGUUACUUCCCUGAUGAUGAACAAAGAUGGCUUCCUUGGUGGCAUGUCCGUGAACACAGGUGAAGUGUUUUGUUCGGUACCUGGGCGGCUGUCCUUACUCAGUUCAACUUCUAAGUACAAAGUAACUGUUGGAGAAGUUCAAAGGCGUCUCUCACCUCCAGAAUGUUUGAAUGCCUCACUCCUUGGAGGAGUACUUAGAAGAGCCAAAUCGAAAAAUGGGGGCAGAUCGUUGCGAGAGAGGUUAGAAAAAAUCGGCUUGAAUUUACCAGCCGGCAGGCGCAAAGCGGCAAAUGUCACUUUACUCACCUCCCUGGUGGAAGGAGAAGCUGUACAUUUAGCUCGGGAUUUUGGAUACAUCUGUGAAACUGAGUUCCCAGCCAAAGCUGUUUCUGAGUACCUGAACAGACAACAUACAGACCCCACUGAUCUCCACUCCAGGAAGAAUAUGCUGCUUGCCACAAAGCAACUUUGUAAAGAAUUUACAGAUCUCUUGGCCCAGGACAGGACACCCAUUGGCAAUAGCAGGCCCAGCCCCAUCUUGGAACCAGGGAUUCAGAGCUGCUUGACUCACUUCAGCCUCAUCACCCACGGCUUUGGGUCCCCAGCCAUAUGCGCUGCCCUGACUGCUCUCCAGAACUACCUGACUGAAGCUCUCAAAGGCAUGGACAAGAUGUUCUUGAACAACAACUCUGCUAACAGGCACACCUCUGGGGAAGGACCAGCUUUGCCCGCUUGGCUUAUGAGCUUCUUCAAAGAGGACUAGAACUCCCUACACAUUUCAUCAGGUACAGAGAUGAAAAUCCACAAUUCUGAGACUUUUCCUUUUCAAAUCAAAGCCAGUUGUUUUGGAAUUCUGCAGGUGUACUUCUUUAAAGAAGCUCAAAGGGAAUAGAUUAAGCAUGGCAACAGUAACUGAACAGGUGAUAUCAUAUUGAGAGGCAAAUGUUAUUUUCUCCAAUAUAUAGAAAAAUUUGGGGGAGGGGCAAUAGCAUUUGAUGCACAGGGUAAAUCAGGUUUGCUAAGUGUAUUUCCUCUUUAGAGGAGAUGGGUGGGACUGAAAAGAGGAUCCUUGUACAUUUUCAAGUUAGUAUCUUAAUUUAAAGAAAUCUGUUUUCCCCAGGUAAUUAAAGGAGUUUUACCAUUUUUGGCUUAGAAGACAAACAGCAUGUCUUGGGUGGGAAUCAAACAACUUCCAGUCAUUUGCAGAAAUUAAGUGCAUUACAGUAUGUUUUAUAAAUGACGUUUUAAAAUGUUUUAUCUCCUUGUUUGGAAUACUGAGUAAAAAUCAUGCUUAAGUGCAAGCA